UGCUAAAAUUGAGAACAUUGUCUCUAAAAAACAAUCGUGUACUAAAGAGGAAAAUGUUGAUAAAUAUUCAAAAUACAUAUGUGCUAAAAUAUUCAGAUGCAAAAAUUUCAUUAUUUUUAGAGCGCUAAACCAACUUACAGAUCCUCAUACUUAUUUUUUUUGUCAACUCUGAAGCAUGGUACAACAUUUGGAAUUAAUUAAACUCUGACCUACACCUGGAAACACCCAAAAAUUAUCAGGAACUCUUAAACAUAUAGACAUAUGGUGUGGAUAUGUUUUGCUCAAAAUUCUGUAGUCAUUGGACCAAUUUUCAAAACUGUAAAGCUUUUCUACUCUAGGGACAGUAGUAAAAUCCAAUGAUCAUUGUUUGUUAUUACUUCACUACCACUAGACCAAAUAAAACGCUAGUCUUUUCGCCAUUGUCAAUGAAAAUGUGAUAACUGCUAUCUUAUGGUGGUGGAAAAUCAACAGCAUAAACGUUUUCUCUUUCUCCACCGCGCAUUUGAAUUUCCACAGUGUUUGUAAGAUUCCAUCGUCCAAAUGCGUUUUACUUUCCUGCUCAGGGCGUCACCAGAAAAAUUAUGCUAGCUUAGUUGACAGACAAACAAAAUGACACUUAAUAUAUUAGUGGUAUCCAAAAACAAUAUUUCUUGAUACUAAAUGUUGAUAUCUUGAUAGUAACUAUGUGAACAUCUGAACUACUUGCAUACAUAUUUGGUUCCUGUUUGCUUGAUAGUACAUCUAAAAUUUAAAAAGCCACUCGUUUGUUAUCUACAAAAUCUAGAACAAUUAUGGGUGUUUCAAUUUAUCAUGUGUUUGGAGACUACACACACUCACACACGGUGACAACCAUAAUUGCAUAUAGUAUUUAUUACGUCAUAAUAACAAUUUCAUCUGAAAAUAGCAGUGACACACACAUAGAUUACAUUAACAUUUAUUAAAUUUUGUUAGCGUUGAAAGGCUAUACAAACAAGAUGGUUUAUGAAGUAGUGGCAAUAUUUUUAGUGCUGUCAAAAAUUACAAAAAGUUCCUAUAAAUCUGGGUCAGGGUGUCCACAAGAAAAAUGAGUUUUUUGGAAGGAAAAAAAUGGGUAUUUUGGAAGUGUGUCUCUAGUAAAGUAAUGAGUGGGAGGCCCUAAUAUAGGUACAAAAUUAUCGAAUCGGUCUUUUCGAAAUUUUAUUGCUAGUGAUAGCACUGAUUGGGAAUAAAACUUCUGGGAAAUCAUCUCUGACGAGCAUGGCAUUGACCCCACUGGCUCCUACCAUGGAGACUCAGAUCUCCAGCUGGAAAGAAUUAAUGUAUACUACAAUGAGGCCUCCGGUGGCAAGUUUGUACCAAGAGCCAUCUUGGUCGACUUGGAGCCUGGUACCAUGGACUCUGUCAGAUCUGGCCCAUACGGACAGCUCUUCAGGCCAGAUAACUUCGUAUUCGGACAGUCCGGUGCCGGAAACAACUGGGCCAAAGGUCAUUACACAGAAGGCGCAGAGUUGGUAGACUCAGUAUUGGAUGUAGUGAGGAAAGAAGCUGAAUCAUGCGAUUGCUUGCAAGGAUUCCAAUUGACACAUUCCCUUGGAGGUGGUACUGGCUCUGGCAUGGGCACACUCCUCAUCUCAAAGAUCAGAGAGGAAUACCCAGACAGGAUAAUGAACACAUACUCAGUUGUGCCAUCGCCCAAAGUAUCAGACACAGUUGUAGAACCAUACAAUGCCACCUUGUCUGUACAUCAACUUGUAGAAAACACCGACGAGACUUACUGUAUCGAUAACGAAGCUCUCUACGACAUCUGCUUCAGGACGUUGAAACUCACCACCCCAACAUACGGAGAUCUGAACCAUUUAGUUUCGCUCACAAUGUCUGGAGUCACCACCUGCCUCAGGUUCCCUGGUCAGUUGAAUGCUGAUCUCAGAAAACUGGCCGUCAACAUGGUACCAUUCCCACGUCUCCACUUCUUCAUGCCCGGAUUCGCACCUUUGACGUCGCGAGGCAGCCAACAAUACAGAGCGCUCACGGUUCCGGAGCUCACACAACAGAUGUUCGAUGCCAAGAACAUGAUGGCUGCUUGCGAUCCCAGGCACGGAAGGUACCUGACAGUAGCUGCCAUCUUCAGAGGCAGGAUGUCAAUGAAGGAAGUCGACGAACAAAUGUUGAACAUUCAGAACAAAAACAGCAGCUACUUCGUAGAAUGGAUCCCAAACAAUGUCAAGACAGCUGUAUGUGAUAUACCACCUAGGGGACUUAAGAUGGCCGCCACCUUUAUCGGCAACUCCACCGCCAUUCAGGAGUUGUUCAAACGCAUCUCAGAACAGUUCACAGCUAUGUUCAGGAGGAAAGCUUUCUUGCAUUGGUACACUGGCGAAGGUAUGGACGAGAUGGAGUUCACAGAAGCCGAAUCGAACAUGAACGAUCUCGUGUCAGAGUACCAACAGUACCAAGAAGCGACAGCGGAUGAAGAUGCAGAGUUCGAUGAAGACCAAGAGGCUGAAGUUGAUGAGAACUAAUUUCUUUUUUAAUGAUCUAAACAGUCGCUUAUAUUUAUAUUUAAUUCCUUUUGUAUUUAUGCCGUUUUUUUUGUAAAUUUGUUCACAUUCCCAUUUGUAAAUUUCAAAAUACAUUAUUUAACUUAUUUAAAGACUGAGUUUGUUGUUUUCAUUUCCAGUGUUGAAGGGUUUCGUGUUUUUGCAUAUUUUGUUCAUAAAAUAGGCAUUAAAACUGCAAUCAUCCGU